CCGCAGAGACGGAAACUCGGCAAAGAGAGGAAAACACUUCACGGUUUAUCUGCCGACUCUAGUGGCCGUGCGCCGAUUGACGCCGUUUUUCCCAGGGGGUGGCCCAUAUUAGGGGAGAAAUUCUCGGCGGCGACGUCGACGGGGUAUCACCUUGAGUGUUCACCGUUCACCAAUGAACGCGGGGCGUCGCCCUCAAGGACAGCAUCGCGGCAACUGCAGCGGCAGCACUAGGAAACGACGGCACUGCGACGGCACGUCCACGAAAGAGAACUUCCGGCGCGCGAACACCUGCAGAGCGUCCAGCGAUUUAAGCGGCGAUCAUGGGACUCGACUUCCUGGCAGACGGAGGUGCCGACUUCGAACAUGCGAUCACCAUAACAGGUUUUGGGAGGUUUCACUACAUGCUGCUGACCAUCUGCGGUUUGAUUUAUAUGGACACGGCGAUCGGGGUGACGAUACUUUCGUUCGUACUUCCGGCGGCACAAUGCGACCUCGAGAUGGAUUCCACCGCGAAGGGUUGGCUAACUGCUUCCCCAAUGCUAGGUAUGUUAAUUGGAUCGUAUAUAUGGGGAUGCCUGGCUGAUACGAAGGGCAGGAAGAUCGUGUUAAUCACUACGCUGCUGAUGGACGGCAUCGUGGGCAUCGCGUCUUCGUUCGUUCAAUACUUCUGGGUAUUCCUGAUCUUUCGGUUCUUCAACGGCUUCGCUAUAACUGGCGCUAUGGGCAUCUGCUUUCCGUAUCUUGGCGAAUUUCAACCUACAAAAUUCCGCGAACGCUGUCUCUGCUGGAUGGAAAUGUUCUGGACGGUCGGUGUAAUAGUUUUGCCGCUGAUCGCCUGGCUGAUCAUCCCCAUGGACUUCACUAUCGUAAGCGAAACGUUCUACUUCAAGUCUUGGAAUCUCUUCGUCGCGCUCUGUGCCCUGCCGUCAAUCAUGCUCGGCCUGUGGCUGUUUGCCUUCCCCGAGAGUCCGAAGUUUCUGCUGGAAUGCGGCGAGACCGACGCCGCCCUCGAAGUAUUCAAGUGGAUUUACUCACGGAAUACCGGCGCCGAUCCAGAAACUUAUCCGGUGAAGUGCUUACAAGAAAAGGCGAAGCAUCAGGAUAAAAGCACUAGAUCGCUGAAGCUGCACAAGCGUAAGGACUUGAAGGUCUUGUUCACGGAAAUACGUGAUCUGACGACCGCGCUUUGCAAACCGCCCUAUUUGCGGAACACUGCGCUCGCCUGCGCCAUUCAAUUCGGGCUCACCAGCAGCUAUUACACUCUGAUGGUCUGGUUUCCAGAAUUGUUCACCAGAUUUGAGCAAUUUGAACACGCAAAUCCAGGCGAGACCACGUCGGUGUGCAUAGUGUCUGCUCUGCCGGACAACACAACGUUCUUUGAUCCUUACGGAUGCGACACGAUAAUUGCUCCUUCUGUUUAUCUGCAUACCGUGUACAUUGGCCUCGCGUGCAUCCCCGGCUCAAUCAUCCUCCCUCUUUUCGUGCACAAACUGGGAGCGAAGUUCUUCCUUAUCGUAUCGCUGGUGGUUUCCGGCGCGGUAACAGUAGGCUUUUACUACGUGGUGAAUUCGAUGCAGAAUCUGGUGCUCUCGUGUGUGUUCGAGGCUCUCACGUCCCUCGGAAUCUCUCUAGUCUAUUGCGUAAUCGUCGACAUGUUCCCGACGAAUCUCAGGGUGAUGGCCGCGGCUUUAUCAUUGACCAUGGGUCGUCUAGGCGCUCUGGUCGGCAACCUGGUAUUUGGUUAUCUGAUCGAUUUAGCCUGUGUUGUCCCCAUUAUACUAUUCGCCGCGUUUCUCUUUGCCUGCGGUUUCUUCUCGUUCUUACUGCCGAAAACUGGGAAGGACACGCUGGAUUAGCAGGACCAACAGAGCGAGGGCUAGCUGUUUCUCGCAUUUUGCUCGGACAACUCGAGGAAUACGUGCCUUGGACCACUCUCUCUUUUCUCGCGGUGCUCACAUUGUAUUUAUUAAUAAAUUUAUUUGCUAAAAAAAGAAA